GGGCCGGCAUCGCGGCGAUGGCGGCGGCGGGGCGGGCGCUGCGCGCGGCGCUCCCCGCCGGGCUCUGGGGCCGCCUGGCCCCGCUGCCGGGCGCGCCCCGCCGGACCGCCGCGCACUUCUCUUUCCAGCCGGACCCGGCGCCCAGCGAGUACGGGGAAACUCAGAAGAUGAAUCUCUUCCAAUCCAUAACAAGUGCCUUGGACAAUGCUUUAGCCAAAGAUCCAACUGCAGUUGUAUUUGGUGAAGACGUGGCCUUUGGUGGAGUCUUCAGAUGUACAGUUGGCUUGCGAGACAAGUAUGGUAAAGACAGAGUUUUCAACACCCCUUUAUGUGAACAAGGAAUUGUUGGCUUUGGUAUUGGAAUUGCUGUUACAGGUGCUACAGCCAUUGCAGAAAUUCAGUUUGCAGAUUACAUUUUUCCAGCAUUUGAUCAGAUUGUUAAUGAAGCAGCAAAAUAUCGUUACCGCUCUGGAGAUCUGUUCAAUUGUGGAAACCUGACCAUUAGAGCACCGUGGGGCUGUGUGGGUCAUGGUGCACUAUAUCACUCUCAAAGUCCAGAAGCCUUUUUUGCUCACUGUCCAGGAAUAAAGAUUGUUAUUCCGAGGAGUCCUUUGCAGGCCAAAGGAUUGCUGCUGUCAUGCAUAGAGGACAAAAAUCCAUGCAUAUUCUUUGAACCUAAAAUACUUUACAGAGCAGCAGUGGAACAAGUUCCUGUAGAGCCCUACAACAUUCCACUGUCUCAAGCUGAGGUGCUGCAGACGGGCAGUGAUGUGACAAUGGUUGCUUGGGGCACUCAGGUGCAUGUGAUCAAAGAGGUGGCAGCAAUGGCUCAAGAAAAGCUUGGUGUGUCCUGUGAAGUUAUUGAUCUGAGAACCAUCUUACCAUGGGAUACAGAGACUGUUUGCAAGUCGGUGGCAAAGACUGGGCGAUUGCUGAUUAGCCAUGAGGCUCCCUUGACAGGAGGAUUUGCAUCUGAAAUCAGUUCCACAGUUCAGGAGGAAUGCUUUUUGAAUUUGGAAGCUCCUAUUGCAAGAGUAUGUGGCUAUGACACUCCCUUCCCUCACAUCUUUGAGCCUUUCUACAUCCCAGACAAAUGGAAAUGCUAUGAUGCUCUUAGAAGAAUGAUCAACUACUGAGCAGUAGUGCAGAGAGGAGAAGAACAACAGGGAAAUACAGAAGCUGCCUUCAAAACUCUUGACAUUUUAAUCAGAUCUUUUGGGUUUGGAAUUUACAUAGCACACUUUUCUUUUAACUCAGCUAUCCUGAAUGUUCAUCUUGGCUAUUCUUCAGCAAGUUCAAAUUUUCCUUAAUUAUGAAAUCAGUGAUGGGCAGGUGAUUGUUACAGUAAGUAGUUUCAGAUGUAUUUAAAGAUAUUCCAGAUGUUGAAUGAAAAUUGCACAUUGCCAUGCUUCACUAGGUUACAUCUAGACUUCACUGUGUAAAUAUUAGAAGCAGAAUUUUAUUCAAUAAAACAUGUUAUGCUCA